UCAUACUUUAUUUAGUUAUGCCAAAAUUAUGUCAAGACAAUCACGACAAUAUUAGAACAAAGAGUAAAGUAAUAUACCUUCGUAAACUGUAUAGUACUAUGAACAGUUGCAUAAAAUGUAGUGGAUUUCAGCUAGCUCCGUUUUUUACAACACUAUUAUAGCCGUCAUUAGUCAAUCUAUCAAUGACUGCACGUUUCAUACAAUCGACUGAAUCGCUUUUUGCUUAGAGAGUUUCGCUUGGCUGAUUAAAGCCUUCAAACUGUAAAUGGCCAUUAAUUCAGGAAUCUGACAGAAAAAACGACUAAAACUUGUCAAGUCUGUCAAUUACAUUGCUGUUAAUAAAAACGGGUUUUAAAAUAUAAAGAAUGUUAAGCUUAAUUUAUAAUAUAAUAUUAUUAUUUCUACUGAAUAACAGCUGCUAUGGACAUAAGGAAAAUAUAUUAGUUGAACAAGGAGCCGAGGAAAACGAUAACACUGAUUUGGACAAAAUAAUUAAUAGUAUAGAGCAAGCCACUCUUAUUGCUGACAAGUCUAAAAGAGAGGGCAUACUGCCCGAGGAGCACAUUGAAACUCUCUACAAUGAUAUAGCAGUCCUGUUUGAAGAACUGCUCGACUUAACAGAAGAACGAAACAACGCUUACAAGUUUCUGAAACUGAACGGCAUCGAUAGAAAUAUAAUUCCGAAUAUUAGACAUACAUACAAACCUCUACGAAAACAGAUAUUACUUCUAAUAAAAACACUAUUCAAUACUAUACCUGCUACUGCAAAUUUGCAGAUACCAAACAAUAUUGUCGACUUAUUGUUAGACGUUUUUGAACACGAUGAUGAUUUAGCUCUGAAAGCUCAUUCGCUCGAUAUUCUUUACGCGUGGUUGCCAAAUAAUCCCAAGCUACAGGCAAGGGUUAUGAAGUUGAAAGGGCUUGAACCGUUUUAUCAGCAAAUGUAUAAAUUAGACACGGGUGUUAACUACAAACUACUCGAUCUUUUUAAUAAAAUUUUAGAAGAGCAUAUACAAAUUAGAAACGAUAAAAAACAGAGGAAUAAAUAUGAUUAUGAGAAAUUGAAAACAUAUCAGAUAAUUGGUUUGAUUGAGAGAAUGUCGACGCCAAGAGUUUGCAAUGGGCUAUUGAAUAUAUUUGGGGAGAUAGUCCACGCAAAUAAAAACAUUGAAGUAAUUAGUAUGCCAGUGUUUCAACUUUUGAAAACUAUAGAGCCGUUUUGUGCAAAGUUUUUUGCCGGCAAAAGUACUGCUGCUAAAAUUUUGAGUGACUGGAAUGACUAUGUAACAGAUUCUAAUAAGAUUAAAAUGUUUGAGGAGCUCGGGGUCAACCUGUCUGAUAUUCAAGAGACGAUCAACAGAUAUCUUUUACAAGCGCGACAUGAAAUAAGAGAUGAGUUUUAAGACAUUAUUAAAUAAAUAAUAUUUAAAUUAAA